UUUAGAUUUAUUUAGAAGGAGGUACUCCACCACUAGAUGAAUAGACAGGUACUGUUCAUAGUUUGCAUUUCCUUGAGAUUCUUGUGCGGGUUUUGAAGAUCUUUCCUCUUCAGAUUCAUGGCGGCAAUCCAACCACCACAGGCUCCGGAUCGUACAACCGUUCAUACUGUCACUGAGCAUAUAGAUCAUGCAUGCAGAAGAGAUACCAGCCGAACCAGAUAACAUGAAGGAGCAGUCUUCUCAGGGUACAGUGACUAUAGGUCAUUCGAGGGAGACCACAAGUCAAUCAGGCUCUUUAGGUUCAGGUGGAGAUGUUCCUCUGUAUCCUCCUAAUGUGUAUGCUCCUCAAGCUCAGGCUUUCUACUAUAGAGGUUUUGACAAUGGCAACGGUGAAUGGGAUGAAUAUUCUUCAUAUGUCAAUUCUGAGGGAUUAGAAAUUGGAUCUCCUGGUGUCUACAAUGAAAAUCCAUCCCUUAUUUUCCAUUCUGGGUAUGGCUUCAACCCCCAAAUGCCUUAUGGACCGUAUUCCCCAGUUACCACACCUUUGCCUUCUGUAGGUGGAGACACACAGUUAUACUCCUCGCAGCAAUUUCCAUACACUGGACCACCUUAUUAUCCUCAGCUAAUUCCUCCUAGCUUAUCAUAUCUCAAUUCACCUACUCCAGUUUCACAGCCAGAGCUCACCAACCUGGUAGGUAUUGACCAACAAGUUGAUAACAUGUUUUUUGGACCAAGAGCAGGCUAUCCAUCUGUGGGAUCUUUUGGUCGAGGCAGCUUUCCUGUAGCGCCUGGUUCCUUUGGCUUUCAUGAAUCCCAACAAGGAUUUGAAGGAUCAAGAUCUGGUGGUAUCUGGUCAGAUUGCUCAAAACCCUCAGAAAGACAAAGAUCUUUAAUGCCUAUAUCGCCAUCUGUUUCUCCACGGCCCAUGGGCUCACUUGGGUCAUUUGGGCCGAGUGUUGGAAUGGCCUCUCAUCAACAGCCAUCACUAUAUGGGUUUGGAUCUGGUUCAAACUCUUAUGGUAGGGGCUACCUGCCUAACCACGGCUCUAGCUUUGGAGGUACUUCUAUUUCCAAUCUUAAUGAUAGGAGUUGUGCUUCUCUUGAAAAUAGCAGGAGGCAAGGGCGGCCAUCUGCAUCUCUUUGCAAUUGUAACGGUACUCUUGAUAUCCUUAGUGAGCAGAACCGAGGUCCAAGGGCCUCAAAGCUGAAAAAUCAGAUUUUGGCUGAAAAAAAUUCUGUGGAUAAUGGUAAAAAUAGUGCAUCUACUGCCAAGUUUCAAAAUGAGUCACUCAAUCGGUCAGAUUUUGCCAUAGAUUACAAGGAUGCCAAAUUUUUUGUCAUCAAAUCUUACAGUGAAGAUAAUGUGCACAAGAGCAUUAAAUAUGGUGUCUGGGCUAGUACACCAAACGGAAACAGGAAGUUAGAUGCUGCAUAUCGCCAAGCAAUGGAGAAGCAAGAGGCCUGCCCUAUAUUUCUCUUCUUCUCGGUCAAUGCGAGUGCUCAGUUCUGUGGGGUAGCUGAAAUGGUUGGACCUGUCAAUUUUGACAAGAGUGUGGACUUCUGGCAACAAGAUAAGUGGAGUGGCCAGUUUCCCGUGAAGUGGCACAUAAUUAAAGACGUUCCAAACAGUCAGUUUCGUCACAUUGUUCUUGAAAAUAAUGAUAACAAGCCUGUGACUAACAGUCGAGAUACUCAGGAGGUGAAGUUGCCACAGGGUAUUGAAAUGUUGGCCAUUUUUAAAAACUAUGAAACUGAUGUUUCCAUCCUGGAUGAUUUUGAUUUCUACGAAGACCGGCAGAAGGCUAUGCAAGAACGGAAGGCAAGGCAGCAAAGCAGCAUGAUGACAACUGGAUUAGUUGGAGAAAAUGAACAUCGGAAUUCUGCUAACACUACUGGUGAAUUUAUGAAGCAGAUGACAAAGAGUUUUGCUCUAGUUGUCCGCUUAGAUGAGAAUAACAACGAAGUUGCCGCGGACAGAGAUAAUUUAGUCUCUCAUGGCCCCAUUGGUAACGUAGUUAAAUCUGAUGAUGGUCAAUCAGUGCCGGCCUCUUCAACUCAAACCAGUUAGGAAGAUGUACCAGAAAUGUUGUUUCACAUUUGGUGAUUGAAAAUUGAAAUCAUCCCUGCUUUAUCUCAUUACUUUUUUCCAAACAAGGUAGCGUUGCCGUUGUUAAGUCGUUGGAGUCUAUGGGGUUUCUAAAUGAGGUACUCACGUAAGAGAAUGGGUUUCAUGUAUAAGUGUCUCCUGCGGUGCGUCAAUUAGAAGUGUCGUUUUGAUUUAGUUAUCUCCACCCCGAAAAAACAAAUAAUAAUAACUUCUGCUCAUUGGAGUGUAUAGGUUAGAUUUUAAUCACCACUUUUGUUUAAUAAUUUCGUGUAGGAUUGUUUUAGGCGUGUUUCAUUUUGUAAAAUUUCCUCGUCUUUACAACCCUUUUAAUAAAGGCAGCAAAUCCCCUUGCAA